AUGCUGCGCGCGAGGGACGACGGUCGCCUCUAUAGACGCUCGAGGGACGAGGCGCGCGCCGAAGCGGAUCCGAGUCGAACGCAGGUAAAUCGAGCUAGUUCGGCAGGGCGUUGUUCGCGAUUAGGUUUGAACCGGUUCUCGAUCGCAUGUCACGACACUAAGUCGGCGCCGAAACAUUGCGGAAGCUCCCGCGCUCGUGGCGGAGCGACAGCGACGAGAAACGACGAUGACGGUUAUAGAGAUGGAUAG